CAGUUCUGAGACCGGUAUACUACUUGCACGUUGUCUUUUCACCCGUAACGUUAGCAAGCUAACUUACAGUGCGGGAGUGAAGAAGUGGUUUUGAUAGCUAAAUCACUUCUAAUUUCGCCGUGAAAUUAAAAUAAUAAAUAAUUGCAUCCCCCUUGUUAAAACCAAUUGACCAAAGAUAUGGUGAUGGAGAAACCCAGUGCCCAGCUUGUCGGGCGAGAAUUUGUCCGACAGUACUACACACUUCUCAACCAGGCCCCCGAUUACCUGCACAGAUUUUAUGGCAAGAACUCAUCUUUUGUUCAUGGAGGCUUUGACAGCAAUGGCAAACCCGCAGAGGCAGUUUAUGGUCAAUCGGAAAUUCACAAGAAAGUCAUGGCACUAAGAUUCCAAGAUUGCCACACGAAGAUCCGGCAUGUGGACGCACACGCUACGCUCACCGAGGGCGUGGUGGUUCAAGUGAUGGGAGAGCUCUCCAACAACAUGCAGCCCAUGAGGAGAUUCAUGCAGACUUUCGUCCUCGCCCCUGAGGGCACAGUUGCAAACAAGUUCUACGUCCACAACGACAUAUUCCGCUACCAGGAUGAGAUCUUUGGUGACUCAGACUCAGAGCCCCUUGAUGAGUCUGAAGAGGAAGGAGAGGAGCUUGAGGAGAGGACAGCAUCACCCAUAAUUACGCAAGAGGAUUCUUCUGCCUUCUACGAACAGACAUCAUGUGUGGAGCCUGAGGUCCCGGGGCAGGAGGAGGUUGACUCGCCCCCAGAGGCUGCGCCAGUGAUGGAGCCCGAGCCACCAGUAGUCGAGCUGAAACCAGAGCUGGUUGCCGAACCCGAGACCCCCAUCUCGGAGCCCACAGAAAAGGCCCCUGCGUCCCCCACCCCCGCAGAUCCCGCCCCGGCCAUGCCAGAGGAGAACCGGCCUUUCUCCUGGGCUUCCGUCACUAGUAAGAACCUUCCUCCAGGUGGAGUCGUCCCAGCCUCUGGAGUUCCCCCUCAUGUUGUCAAAGUCCAGCCCACACAGCCCAGGGUGGAGGUCAAACCAGAAGCCCCAGCCACAGCACAGAGACCCCAGAGGGACCAGAGACCAAGAGAUACCCGACCCGGACCCGGACCCCCAGUCACCAACAGAGGCCCCAGAACACCAGUGCGGGACGGCGAGCAGGGCGAGGUGGAGACGCGGAGAACAGUCCGGUACCCAGACAGCCAGCAGCUCUUCGUCGGGAAUGUACCCCAUGAUGUGGACAAGGCUGAGCUGAAGGAGUUCUUUGAGCAGUAUGGCACCGUGCUGGAGCUGAGGAUCAACAGUGGAGGAAAGCUGCCCAACUUCGGCUUUGUGGUGUUUGACGACUCGGAGCCUGUGCAGAAAAUCCUGAACAGCCGGCCCAUUAAGUUCCGAGGUGACGUCCGUCUGAACGUGGAGGAGAAGAAGACUAGGUCCGCACGCGAAGGAGAGCGACGAGACAUCCGCCCGCGAGGCCCUGGGGGACCCCGAGACAAGCUUGGGGGCCCCCGAGGGCCAAUGGGCCGUGGUGGUAUGACCCAGAAGCCUAGCUUCGGUGGGGGACGAGGAAGUGGACCCAACGAGGGACGAUUCUCUGCUCCGCGUCAGUGAGCCGAACCUCAAAAGCCCCCCCCACCCCCCACCCCACCCGGCCAACCUCCUUCCCCCCCACCCGGCCAACCUCCUUCCCCCACUUCACAGCUACUACUGAUGCAGGUCUUGCUAUUUGACAUGGAAUCCCACUCACCCCCACACAGUACCCUACCUUGACCCUCCCUCCCGGUCUCCCAUCUCUGCUUUUGUUCGCCUAUCUAGUAGGUGGAGUGCGUCAAUCCCAGUUUCACCUGGACUCUGAAAUACUGUCUUUUACUUUUCAUUCAGAACUUGAAUUUGUUGUAGAGGAAAAAAAAUCUAAGAAUAUGGAAGAAAAGAAAUUACUUGAAUUGGGGAAAAAGGAAGAAAAAAAAAAGAUGACACAAGAAAUCGAGAGUCUGGUUUUUAGCGUUCUCUCCUUGUUUCUUAAAGGAACGUGUUUUUACUGUGUAUUGCUAGCACCCGCUUUCAGGUUAAAUGCAGGUAUGGUUUUAUUUGGAAUUAUUGCCAAGUUGGAUCAUGGUUGUGUACAGAUGACUCUUUAGCAUGGGGAAGACAGAGAAACCCUGUUUGCCUUUUAACUGUUGCACUUCAAACAACUCCACUGUCGAGAGAACAAAUAAACUUGGUAUAAUAUUUUA